AUGAACGAGGAGCAGCCUCUGCUGGUUGAGGACCCCAUCUGCGAGGAAGACAUCUCGAAGCACUUGCUCGACUUUGAUCCCAACGGCGACCCUGAGAACCCCAGGGAAUGGCCCGCACCUUUCAAGUGGACUCUGGUCGCAUUGCUGGCUCUCACCGCGUUCACCGUCACUUUCACCUGUAUCUCAGUCGUCCCUGUAGCCGCCCGCAUCAUCCAAGACCUGGACCAAAAUGAAGGCACAAACUCACCGGCGAGCGCUCUGCUCGUCACAAUCUGGGAGCUCGGUGAAGCCGCCGGCCCUCUCCUCAUCGCGCCCCUUUCCGAGAUCUACGGACGCUACCCCGUCAUGAACGCCGCCAACAUCCUCUUCAUCAUCGCCACCGUCCUCGCCGCUAUCAGCACGAGCACCCCGCUCCUCAUCGGCGCCCGUUGCCUCACCGGUCUCGCGGUCGCUUCUAAUGUGUUGAACCCGGCCAUCAUUGGCGACAUGUUCGUUCCGGACAACCGCGGCUCGGCGAUGAGCAUAGUAUCUCUCGCCCCGCUCAUCGGCGGUGCGGUCGGCCCCAUGAUUAGCGGCGCGAUUGCGCAGACCCUCGGCUGGAGACAGGUUCUCUGGAUGAGCGCUGGUUUGGCGACCGUGUGUGAGAUCUUGUUCCUCACUUGCUUCCGAGAGACGUAUAAGAUGACCAUUUUGAGACGACGUGCCGCGAAGCAUGCGGACGAGCACGGGGCACCGCUUCACCCUGCCGGAGUUGAUGACCACAAGAGCCUUAUCAAGCUAUGGGAGUCGAUCAAGCGGCCUUUCUAUGUCUUGCUCAGGUCAAAUGUUCUGAUGGGACUGUCGUUCUUUGGGUGCAUAACUUUCGCCUACUUUUACGUCAUGUCCAUCAGCUUGCCUGUCAUUCUCCAAGAUGUGUAUGGUUUCUCGCCUGCCCUCACUGGUCUCUCAUUCAUGUCCUUCAGUAUCGGUUCAUUCAUCAGCGUCAUCGUCAGCAACUUCAGCCUGGAUAGGAUCUACGUGAAGCUUCGCGGCAACGACCCCGUCGGACGUCCCGAGUACCGCCUCCCGCUCGUCAUCAUCGGCGCAUUCACACUGCCCCUCUCCAUCACCGCCUACGGCUGGAUUGCGGAACUUCACCUUCCUGUCGGCCUUCUUCUCCUGUCGGUCGCGAUGCUCGGCUUCACUCUUCUCAUGGCCUCCCUUCCUCUCUCCGCCUACGUUGUCGACGCCACAGGCCUGUACUCUGCUUCCGCCAUGACUGGUGUCAUCGUGACGAGAUGCCUAGCUGGAACUUUCCUACCCCUUGCGAGCGGACCUAUGGUGCAGUCUUUCGGUUAUGGUUGGGGUUUCACUAUGCUGGGAGCUUUCAGCAUCUGCCUGGCGCCCAUCCCGGUGGUUAUCAUGAGAUACGGUCAUGUUUGGCGCCAAAAGUCCGAAUACACGAGAGAUGCCUGA